AUGAAAGGAGUUCCUGUAGUGACGGAGGGAUUCCGUGGCGACGAUUAUCUGUCACUCAAAGCGUUUGGUCAGUUCACACCGCAACAGCUAUGGGACUACUUUAUCGACCUCCAGGAGCAGACAUUCGAGAGCUACCUGGCCAUAGUCCAUGCGAGGUUCUCGACCAACACGUACCCCUCGUGGGAAAGGGCUCACCCGUUGAGAUACCUGGCCCACAAUGGCGAGAUCAAUACGCUCCGGGGUAACGUGAACCUCAUGCGCGCUCGCGAGGGGGUCAUGAAGUCCAAGAAGUUUGGCAAAGAUCUGUCCAAACUGUAUCCGGUGGUCGAGCCCGACAUGUCUGACUCGGGUUCGGUGGACAAUGUGCUGGAAUUCCUGGUGACAGCCGGCGGUAGGUCUUUGCCGGAAGCGGUGAUGACAAUGGUUCCCGAGGCAUGGCAAAAUGAUCCGCUAAUGAACCCGGAUAAGAAAUUGUUUUACCAGUGGUCAGGCUGUGCGAUGGAGCCCUGGGAUGGCCCGGCGUUACUGACGUUCACGGAUGGCAGAUAUAUCGGUGCCAUUCUGGACAGGAAUGGGUUGAGACCAUCGCGUUAUUAUCAUACCAUCGAUGGUUAUGUGAUAAUGGCGUCCGAAGUGGGGGUCGUCGACGUGAAUAAUGAUAAUAUACUGCAAAAGGGUCGUCUCCGUCCCGGAAGAAUGCUUUUGAUCGACACGAAGGAGAAGGUCUUCGCGCGCGACGAAGAGGUGAAGCUGACGAUCGCCCGGAAGCGACCGCUCGAGAGUUGGCUCAAAGAGAUGUUCAGUUUGGAUGACCUCAGGAGCGCCCACAUCACGUCCCUCAAAGGGUUCAGACGGAGGGCUGUCCUACUGGAGGGUCGCAGCGAAGACGACGUUCACGGGAGGGCUAAAGUGCUGGAGGACAGGCGUCUGGCGCUGUUCGCCUACACCACGGAAACUAUUAAUCUAUUGAUACUACCGAUGGUUAAGACCGAAAAAGAGGCGUUGGGUUCGAUGGGAAACGACGCCCCACUCGCCUGCCUGUCCCUCUGUCAGCCCCUGAUCUACGACUACUUCAAGCAACUGUUCGCACAGGUGACGAACCCUCCCAUUGACCCCUUUAGGGAGAAGAUAGUCAUGUCACUGGCCUGUCCGGUGGGCCCCGAGGCCAACAUACUGGAGUCCUCGGCAGAGCAAUGCCGGCGCCUAUGGCUCGAACAACCCGUACUCUCCAUCAACGACUUGGAGAUAAUCAAAGAAACCAAUUACAAGGGCUGGAAGACCAAAGUGAUCGACUGUGUGUUCCCUAUAAUCGAUGGCAAAUCAGGACUCCUGAAGGCGUUGGACAGGAUUUGUGUGGAGGCCUGCGAUGCGGCCAAACAGGGCUACACUAUUGUGGUGCUGAGCGACCGAAAGGCCGGCCCUAAGUUUGUGCCCGUCAGUGCAUUACUGGCGUUAGGAGCGACCCAUCACUACCUAAUCAACGCCCGGCAGCGCAUGAAAGUGGGACUCAUAUCGGAGACGGCCGAAGCCCGCGAAGUGCACCACAUGUGCGUCCUAUUAGGCUAUGGGGCCGACGCUAUCUGUCCAUACCUGGUGUUCGAGACAAUGGCGGCGCUCCGGGAGGAAGGCCUACUCGAGUUGACCGACUCGGACGUCUACAACAACUACGUGGCCGCCAUGGAAAGGGGUAUCUCGAAGGUGAUGGCGAAGAUGGGUAUCUCGACCCUACACUCGUACAAAGGCGCACAGAUUUUCGAGGCCGUAGGGCUGGGCGAAGAGGUUAUCGACAAGUGCUUCAAAAACACGGCCUCACGUCUAGGAGGGGCCAACUUCGAGGUGUUGGCCAACGAGGCGCUCGAGAGGCAUAAAAUCGCUUUCCAUGUGAAGUAUUUCCAGGAUUCGCUGAUAUUAAGAAACCCCGGGUUUUAUCACUGGAGGUCAGGGGGCGAGAAGCACAUCAACGACCCCCUGGCCAUCGCCAACCUCCAGGACGCCGCGACCGCCAACUCCGCCAAUGCCUACAAACAGUUUGUGGAGAUCACGAACCGGGCGGUCAAAGACUGCGCCCUCAGAGGACAACUGGAACUCAUAUAUUCGCCGCGACCUAUACUUGUGGCCGAUGUUGAGCCGGCCGUCAAUAUAGUCAAACGAUUCGUGACCGGUGCCAUGUCUUUCGGCUCCAUAUCCCUGGAGGCGCAUACGACGUUGGCUAAGGCUAUGAACAGAGUGGGCGGCAAAUCAAACACUGGGGAAGGGGGUGAGGACGCCGAGCGCUGGGCGGUCAGGGAUCCGCUCAACAACCAGAGGUCGGCCAUCAAACAGGUGGCGAGCGGGAGGUUCGGCGUGACGGCCGCCUACUUGGCCAACGCGGACGAGCUGCAGAUCAAGAUGGCUCAGGGAGCUAAGCCUGGCGAAGGGGGUGAACUCCCUGGCCAUAAGGUGUCUAUCGAAAUUGCGAAGACCAGGCAUUCAGUGCCGGGGGUGGGACUCAUAUCGCCGCCCCCUCACCACGACAUCUACUCCAUCGAGGAUUUGGCGGAACUGAUCUAUGAUCUCAAGUGUUCCAACCCUAAGGCCAGGGUAUCCGUGAAGUUGGUGUCCGAAGUGGGCGUCGGUAUAGUGGCCGCCGGUGUGGCGAAGGGGAAGGCCGAACACAUAACCAUCUCUGGUCACGACGGAGGUACCGGUGCUUCGUCGUGGACGGGGAUCAAAGGAGCGGGACUUCCCUGGGAGUUGGGCAUUUCGGAGACCCAUCAGGUGCUGGUGGCCAACGACCUCCGGUCCCGAGUUGUGCUCCAAUGCGACGGUCAGAUCCGGACGGCUUUCGACGUAUUGGUGGCCGCAUUGCUCGGCGCCGACGAGUUUGGCUUCUCGACGGCGCCCCUCAUAGUGUUGGGCUGUAUAAUGAUGCGCAAGUGUCACCUG